UACAACGAUUUAAGAAAAUGAAUUUUAAGAAAUUAUUGGAAACUCUAAAGCCGACCAAAGGUCAAAUGGAGUUGGCCAAAGCUUUCAUACCCUCAGCUGCAAUAUUUGGUAUGGCUGGUGGGUUAGGUAUUAUCUACUUCACCGAUUGGCGAGUUAUUACCGACUAUAUACCACUAUAUAACACAAAGUAUCCCAAGCCGGAGAAGUCCUCGAAGUAGGCAACAGGAACAGGUGAGCUACUCUUCACAAGUUAUAUA